AUGGAUUAUAUUCCAGUAAUUUACUGGAUUUCCCUUUUCAUUGGCGGUGGAUCACUUUCGGCAUUAUCAUUUAUGGUUAGUCUUAGACAUUUCCCUUCCAUUAUUAACAUUUUAUCCUAUCCUCCGAUGUCUUCACUUUAUUUAGUCUUUACACUUGUUAACACUCCAAUGCUUGCAUUUAUAUUUUACCAUACAUUCACUUUCUAUCAAAAAAGUAGAAACAGAGUCAGUCCAAGCGUUCUUCCAAAAUAUGAUUUCUUAGCCAAGUCAUUUGUACUUUGUGGUGCUAUUUUUGUUGCAUCGCUUUUACUUAUGGUCUUCUUUAAACCACAAAAUGAAAUCGAAUUACACUAUCUUUUUAUUGUUGCUAUUUCUAUGUCCGCUGUUUCAUUCUCUUACUUGAGCGACUUCAUAUACGCAAUGGUUUCGAAGAUGAUGAUCCCUCUUUCGAUGACAGUUAAUCAUAUUUCAUGCGCUUUAACAGCUGUAACAUAUAUAUUAUGUUUACUUAGCCAUACAUCAAAAGUAAUCAAAAUGUUAUUCGGUUUCUUGCAGAUAAUGUCUUUUUCACUUUACUACACUAAAAUAUUUUUCCUUGGCGUUACAUGUUUGGGCGCAAGGUUCUUAGAUGUGCAAAUUGACUUACUUGCCAAGCAUCAGCAAACAAUUUUGCCUAGUUCAUUCAAUUCUGCAUAA